AUGUCCGACUCAGAGGAUCCCAUUGACCCCAUCGAUGAGGGCGGCGAUGAUCUCUUCGGCGAUGACGAUGAUGGCGACGUGAUUGAAUCGCCCAAGGAGCGCGUUUUGGAUGACGAUGACCUCGCCUCAGAUCCCGAAGGAGAAACUUACAAUCGCUAUCGCGACGAUGAUGAGACCAGACAGCAAGAUGAGGUCACAAGAGAGACCAUGAUUGCAGACGUCACUGCCUACAGACACCCUAUCCCCAAACCCAGCGACGGCAUUCUGCGAGCUUUACGAGUGCCCAAGUUCCUCAAGUUUCUCCCAGAAGAGUACCACCCGGAAGCGUUUCAAGCAUCCGAAUUUGACAUCGAGAAUGCCAGAUCCGAGCAACAACAGCACGUCGUACGAUUUCGCCGAGACGAUAGCACUGGGCGCCUCCAUAGCAAUACGAACAUCCUGCGCUGGGACGAUGGAUCUGUCACCAUUUCCGUAGGUGGCGAGCAGUACGAGGUUAUCAAGAAGCCAUUGGCCCCAGCAGCGGAUAAGCCAUAUGACGAGGUCAAGGAUGUUCACUACUACGCGGCGGCCGCUGAACUGAGUUCUAACAUGCUCAUAACAGUGGGCCAUGUCACAGAGCAGUACACUGUCCGGCCCAGCAAGGAGAUCGGUGACGAUGCGCUCAAUUUGUUGGCAGAUAGGAUGGCCCAAGCCACCAAGUCACAAAACAGGGACAUGAUCAUCCGCACAACGGUGGACCCUGAGCUGCAGAAGAAGAAGGCUGAGCUUCUUGAAAAGGAGAGGAUGAAGGCACAGCGCAAGCGCGAGAACGCCCAGGCCAAGCAGGAGACCGGCUACGGACGGUCGGGACGUGGUGGCCUGUCAAUUGGAGCUCUGGAGGGUGGUCGUCGCGACGGAGGACGCAAACGACCUCUGGGAUCUGGCAGGCCAAGAAAUCAUGGAUACGAGAACGACUCGGACGAAGAGCUUCUGCGUGGUGCUGGCCGUCAAGAGAAGUACGAAGAUGAUGGGUUCGUUGUGGACAGCGAUGAAGAGGAAGAAGAGGAGGAAGCAUCUGAGGAUGAUGAUGAUCUUCUUGAUGAUGCAGACGAAGCACCUCGCAAGAAGCGACAAAAGGCCCGUGAACCCGAGGAAGACGAAGAUGCAUCGGGUGAUGACGUUGAUCCCAUCGCGGAGGCCUCGGCGCGGAGUCGGCGCAGGAAUGUUAUCGACGAUGACGACGAUGAAGAGGAAUAG